AGCGUAAAGUUUUUCUCGGAUUGCUGCUGCUCACUAUUGCCAUUUAAAAUUUACUUAAAACCAGUGUUUUAUGUGUGGUGCCUCGAGAGGAGACGCUUUUGAUAAGCAGCCAUCUUCAUCUUCCUAUAGGAAUGCCUGCUACACACGGGCUAGAAAAUUGUUUGCUUACAUUUAUAAAUGCCAAAACAGUUAAAAGCUAAAGCCAGCGAUACUGACUCCGCCGUUGCACCUCCUCUUGCCACUAGGCAGUGCCAUCCACCCACAACUACAAUUCCACACAGACACAGACAUGUGCAGCGCGCAGCUAAUCUAUUGUAAAUAAAACUGCGUCCACACACGCGUCUAUUGUGAACGGUACACAUAUUCUCGGUCACGUACGCCGCCGCCGCCAAGUGUUCCGUUCCUCCUGCCUGCUCCUCGUACCGUACAGUGUGCGGCUGUUUUACCUGGAAUAAACUUUGCUAAAAUCUGGAACAAAAUUUGCUACAAAUCAGUGGAGAAUCGGCCCAAAGCAUGUGAAAAGGUGUCUACAAAGGGGACCAGAGUGCAUCAUCGGAGGAGAAGCGGUUCCAGGAUCGGAGCAGAAGCAGGAGAAAUUAGGAGAAAGAAGAGAAGACAGACAGAGCGAGAGCAGGGCUAUUAGCUCAAGUAAAUAUGUCCGACAUACCGCGCAUCAUGGUCUUCCGACCCACCUGGGAGGAGUUCAAAGACUUUCCCAAAUACGUAGCCUACAUGGAAUCACAGGGCGCCCACAAGGCCGGCCUGGCCAAGGUGGUGCCGCCAGCGGAGUGGAUACCGCGGCGCAGCGGCUAUGCCGAUCUGGAUGCCCUGAAUGUGACGAUUCCGGCGCCCAUCUGCCAGGUGGUGACGGGCAAACAGGGCUACUACCAACAGAUCAACAUACAGAAGAAGCCGCUGACGGUGAAACAGUUCAGCGACCUCGCCAGCACCGAGCGUUACGCCACACCGAAGCACUUCGACUACGAGGAUCUCGAGCGAAAGUACUGGAAGAACAUCACCUAUGUGGCGCCCAUCUAUGGGGCCGAUGUAAGUGGCAGCAUCACAGAUCCCGACCAGGAUAGUUGGAACAUCAACAGACUGGGCACGAUACUGGACUACGUGAACAAGGACUACAACAUCCAGAUAGACGGCGUGAACACCGCCUAUCUCUACUUUGGCAUGUGGAAGACAACGUUCGCGUGGCACACCGAGGACAUGGACCUCUAUUCGAUCAACUAUCUCCACUUUGGGGCAGCCAAGACGUGGUAUGUCGUGCCACCGGCGUAUGGCCGCCGGCUGGAGAAGGUGGCCAAUCAGUAUUUCCCGGCCAGUUACAAGAACUGCAAUGCGUAUCUGCGCCAUAAGAUGACGCUCAUAUCGCCGCAGAUCCUUAAGCAGCACAAUGUCCCCGUUAGCAAGAUCACCCAGGAGUCGGGCGAGAUCAUGAUCACCUUCCCGUUUGGCUACCAUGCGGGCUUCAAUCACGGCUUCAACUGUGCCGAGUCCACAAACUUUGCCAUGGAGCGCUGGAUCGAAUACGGCAAGCGAGCGGUUCAGUGCACGUGCAGCAACGACAUGGUCAAGAUCUCCAUGGACACGUUCGUGAAGCGCUUCCAAAGCGACCGUUACGACAUGUGGAUGGAGGGCAAGGAUGUGGGCCGGCAUCCGGAGGAUCCCCUCGGCGGUACAACGGUCACAGCCGCACCGCUGCCGCCCCACCUCGAUGUCCUCCUGUGUGAUAAGAAAAUGAAGAAGCAAUGCAAUCCCACCAUAGCCAAGAGCUUUAAGGAGCGCAAUCCCGACCUGGAUCUCGACGAGAUCCAACAGAAUCCCAAUGUGCCCGACGACGUCAAGGCCAUGCUGAAGGAGAGCGUGCUUACCUUGGACACGGGCGAUCUGGGCAUCGAGGGCGAUUAUCCGAACGAGGAUGCUGUCAGUCUCCAAAGUCCUGCGGACUUCAAGACCAAGCAGGAGCUGCUUGAGUACAUGGACGAUGGGACAGAAGACGAUGACGAGGAGGAGGAAUUUAAGCGACGCAAGGCGAAGCGGCGGUACGAUGCGGACUACGACGAUGACUGGCUAGCCUCCCAUCACCGUCGCACCAACUCGCGGAACAGCAGCCGCGGCCGCAGUCCACGCACCAAGGACGAGCGCUCCGCGUCGCCGGCCUCCUCCACAUCCUCGACGUCGCGUGGUGGACGACGCGGAAAGGGCAACUCGACGACCCGCAAAACGCCGUCCAAGCGAAAAAAGGACCCGUCCUCUGCAGUGUCUCCGGCUGCAGCAGCCUUAGUGGCAGCAACCACAAUUGCGACACCAAAUGCGGCGGCGGUUAGCAGCGAUGGAGAUGCCAAAAAGGAGCAGCAAUCGCUGGCCUUCAUGCAACAGCCGCGCAAGUUCGAGGGCAAAAUACCAAAACUAAGUCAGCCAGCAGCAGCAACAGCUCCAGUAGGCGGAGCAUCCACAUCCACAUCUAGUCAGGAUCAGCAGCAGCAGCAGCAGCAGCGGAUAUUCUACGUCAAUAUGUUGCCGGCAGCCAACACUCUCAAUGGCAUUCCACAGCAGCAGCCGCAACAGCAGCAGCAGUAUGGCAGCACCGAUGGAAACGUCUAUCAGCUGCAAAACGAAAUACUCUGUGAUGCAAAUGGACAGGCCGUAACGGCUGCCACAGCCACAUAUCAGACGACAGUCCCAAGCAGUCCCCAACAGCAACAGCAGCAAAAUGUUGCUGUUAGCGUGGCCAACAACAACGCUGCCGACAAUGUGGUCACAACUAUUAGUUCGUCCUCCAUCCUGCACACGAACGGCACCGCCCACACGAACGGAGGCGUGGAUCCCAACACCACCCAUGACCACCAGCACCACCAUCAGCAGCAGCAGCAGCAGCAACAGCAACAACAGCCGCAGUACCACUACAUCACCACCAGCGGGGAGGACGGACAGACCCCAACAACCAUAGUUUUCGAGAACUAUAAUGGCGGCAUGCCCGCAUCUGUUGCCCCUGCCACGCCCACGCCUGUGUCGGUGGCUGCCUCGCCGGCGGCCACAACGACAACCACCACUGCCCUGGUCAACACGGACGGCACGAUCAUCGAGUUCGAUGGGAACACCUACGAGGAGUACCAUGUGCUCAAGAGCGAGCCGGGGAGCAGCGACUGCCUGAGCAAUGGUAGCAGUGCCGUGGCGGCGGACAUCAUCAAGUACGAGCCGCAGCCAGUAGAGGAGGAUGACGAGGAGAGUGGCCUGCAGGCGAAGUACGAUGACGAUGGCCUGCAGGUGAAGUACGAGGAGCAGGAGCAGGACCUCGACCAGGGGCAGGACUACGAAGAGUACCAGGUGAUCAAGGCCGAGGUGGAAGCGGAGGCGGCGGAGCAGGCGGCCGGCGCGGUCACCUACACGAUCUCUAGCAUGACAGACGAUCCCAACCAGCAGCCGCAGCAGGCAUCCUCCGGAGACCAGCCCAACGCUAGCAUGGUGCCCAAGUCGGGAUCGGCAGCGGCCGCCAAGCAGAAGCGCAAGCGGAAGACGCGCGUCAUUGCCGAGGACGAGCAGGGCGAGUACCUGGAGAAGAUGAGUGUGCGGGGCCUGGACAUCGCCCGCUAUGAGCACAUCAUCGACGGGGUGGCCUACUGCCUGGUGUGCGCCAAGAACGACAUCUUCAAGACGUUCAAGAACAAGUACAGCUUCCAGCGGCACGCCUACCUCUUUCACGAGGGCCAGAACCGGAAGAUCUUCGCCUGCCCCAUCUGCAACAAGGAGUUCUCGCGCCCCGACAAGAUGAAGAUGCACAAGAAGGACAAGCACGGCGACGUCCCCAUGCCGCCAUCGGCCACCAUCACGCCCCUCAAGGGGGACGGCACCCCGGCCGCAAAGCGACCGCGAACCUCCCGCACACCUCGUGUCCGCAAGUCCAAGGCCAGCGACGCAGGCACCCCCACCGGCACGCCCGCCAAGAAGCGCCUGGCGCAGAUUGACAGCGUGCUCGACGAUGUCCAGAACUCGGAGAGCCUCUCCGUGCCGCACUCCCAGUCCCAGUCCCAGCACCAACAGCAGCAGCAGCAGCAACCCAUGCAGCACACACUCACAACGACGCUGGCGCCCACGACGUCGCAGCCACAGCAGCUCCAGACACUGCCAUCGCUGGACUUCAGCGGAAUGAUCCUGCCGGGUGGCGCUCAGCUGGCCCUGGCCAAUCCGGGGGCCAGUAGCUCUAUGACUCUGCAGCGCGGUGCGACCACACCCAACGGCGGACAGGCGGGGACGGGGCCCACGACGACGCUCAUCUACUCGAAUCAGCUGGAGCUACAACAGGCGCUGCUCCAGCAACAACUGCACGGUCAGAGCAUCAUGAUCCAGGACCAGUCUGGUAACCUGGUGCCCCUGCAGUUGGACGGAAGUCAAACGAUAUACACGACGGCCGCGGCACCGCAGCAGCGAGCGCAGGCGACCACGGCCACGUACCAGACGACCCAACCGCAACAGCAGCAGCAGCAGUUGGUGCAACAUCAGCAGCAGCAGCAGACAGUGGUGAAGGUGGAGGGGCAGUCGCAACCCCAUUACGAGAUGGAGAACGUGACCUACCUGAGCUCCACGGCGGCGGCCACGCCGGCGACGGCCGAGCAACAGCACCAACAACAACAGCAGCAGCAGCAGCACGUGAUUGGAACGGUGCAGAGCUACCAGAUCCUUACGCCGGAUGGCCUGCAGAGCUUCCAACCGAAGCUGGAACCGGGGGAGCUGGGCGAUCUGUGUCCCUACUCGCAGUACACGUUCCAGCCCACGCUCAACGCGAACGCCCUAGACGCGCACACGCAGCAGCAGCACCACCACAACCAGCAGCAUCACCACCACCAACAGCAGCAGCAGACGCAUCUGCUGCAGCAGCAGCAGUUCGCGACCCACAAUCCGCACCAACAGUUCAUGGAGCUGAAGAACGAGCUGCUAAUCAAGGGCAGUGACGCGUACACCCUGGACGCCGGCUCCAUGUACCACCUGCCCUUCUCGCCCACAUCGAUGAUCAAUGCGGUGAACGAUGUGAACACAUCGUCCCUGCUGGAGACCAAAGAAAUUAGUGGAAGCAACGCCAACGUCGGCUCUGGAGCUGCUAGCAACUGUGUCUCUGUGGUGAGUGGCAGCGGAAUCAAUGGCUUCAAGGCCGGAGCCAAAAAGACGCCGGUGAUCCUGCUAGCCGCCCGCGGCCCUGGAAAGCAUCAGCCCAUCAGCCUCAUCAACGGCACUGCCAAGGCCGGAGCGGGCGGUGUCACGUUGCUGCGCGUCAAUUCACAGCCCAGUCGCAACCAGCGGCAGGUCAUCGUCGCCCCAGAGCAGCAGGUGCAACAGCAGCAGGAACUGACUGACGAAGAGGCGGAACAAAUGGCGGAGCUAGCGGAGGAUGAGGAGCUCGACGAAGAUCUAGAGGAUGACGAUGAUCUCUCCUCUUCCACCGCUCAAAUCCUGCGCAAGUUCCGUAUUCCCAAGGGCACGGCCCUGACUGCCAAGUCUGGGGACAACUACCUGGCCAUGCCCACGCCCACACCCUCACCCCCAGGGGGCGUCAAUGCGUCAAGCUCCACCGCUGAUGCUGGCAACUACAUUGAGAACGAAGAGGAGCUCAUCGAGGAGGUGCACGAGGAUGAUCUGGUCGAGGAGAUCAUCGACGAAGAGCACUGCGAGGAGCAGCCCGAACUGGAGGAUGAUGGGACGACGGCCGACAACGAUGGCCUCGACCUGAACAGCCCAUGCCAUUCAGUACCACCGCCAGUGGCAGCGACUGCCCCGGCGGCCCAGCAGUUGCUGCUCACCUCGGCCCCACAACAGCCGCCGCUGCAGCUGCAAACUGUGAGCUCCAACGGAACGGUUACUUACCUAAAUCUGCCACCCAACACGAUCCUGCUGCAGUCGGCCGAUGGCAGCAUCAUAGCAGCCACCCAGGUGCCGCAUCCGAACAAGGCCGGCCAGCAUCAGCUCAUCGCCUUGCCGGGCAACGUGGCUAUGGCCGAACCGGCACCUCAGACCUCGGCGGCGCCCACGCAGACCCUGCUCCUGACGGCCGACGGCACGGCCAUUCCCAUAAUGGCGAACGUAGCGCCCCAGCAGCAGCAACAGCACCACCAGCAGCAGCAGCAACAACAGCAACAGGCGGCUGCUGCUGCUGCUGCCCAGCUGUUUGCCGCGUAGGGGCUAAUGGGUGGCCAAAUGGGUCGAUUUUUGAACAGUGCCACCAUAAUGCCGACCACUUAUUUCUUCUAAGAAUCGCCAGUUGAUUGAGCAAAUGUAUCACAGAUCCAAAAAUGGUGUUGCUCAUGCGGCAAGGCUUUGACUUCAUAGUUAAGCCUUGGCUCGUCAGCAACAGUUUGCUAGAGAUUCCCAGUUCUCGAUUGAAAUCGUCGCAUUUGGCCACCCAUGGGGCACGGGGAAGGGAAAGAGCAAUUUGGGAUAUAGGGCAAUAGAAUCAGUAUAAGAAACACUCACAAAAAGCCAAGCUAAAAAAACUUUGAUAUUACUACAAUGUUGGAUGUGCAUAGAAAAUUUAUUUUUAUACAUAUAAUCGAAAAAGGGAAAAUCAAAUGUUGUUCAACACACCCACACACACACAAAUAACAGACACAGCGUUGUAAAGGAAUCAAAUAUGUACAUUUCAAGAAAAAACUUAAGAGCAUCUUACAUUUAAAUUAUUUAUACGACUAAGCUAGCAUUAAACAUUAAGUGCAAAGACGAGACACACACCCAAACCAGUUGUAACUACUCGUAUUACCCCCGCUGCCCGAAUGGAGCGGCGGAAUAUGUUUAGCCUAAUUUACGAGAGUAGCAUUGUAUCGUAUUCAUUUCUGACUAGUAUAUGUAUGUAUGCACUACUCUGAAUAGAAGAGAUACGAAUGCAUAGCUACGAA